UUUGCUACUAGUUUCAUAAUCCUCAUCAUCACCAAAUCAAUGUUGAGUGAAGCAGUAGCAAGGAAUGUUUCAAAUUCGAGCAGAGAAUUCCAAGCAUUGAAGGAUUUUGGAUGGCCUUAUAUCAAUUCAACAGUUCACCACUGCCACUUGGAAGGCAUUACCUGUGACGAUCAUGGCCGCGUUGCAAAGAUAAGCCUGCAAAGUAAUGUAGGGUGCGAUGAUGAACCUUGGUACUGCCACGAUCUUCGCUAUUUGGAUCCGCUUGUUUUCACAUCUCUCACUAGCAUUCAUCUCACCUCAUGUGGUCUCUAUGGAGAUAUCUCAUCAAAUAGUAUAAGUUACUUCUCCAACCUAAUUUAUCUCAAUUUGUCUCAUAAUCAUGUCUAUUCUUAUCUGCCACUUUCAUUCACAAAUUUGAGUCAGUUACAUGUGCUUGACCUUUCUGAUAAUGAUCUUGGUAAUAGUGUCAUAGCACCUGAAAUAGGGAGCUCCAGCCUAGUUUAUCUCAAUUUGUCUCAUAGUCAACUUCAAAUUGAGCUGCCUCUUUUACUGCCAAGAAACUUAGAGGUGCUUGACAUAUCUUCUAACAGAAUUUUUGGUGCCAUUCCCUCUGGAAUAGGGUAUCUCCAUCAUUUGAUAUUUCUUGAUUUGAGCAACAAUAACAUCAGUGGCUAUCUGCCCACGAAUAUGAGCCAAUUAACAAAAUUGGAAAUCUUGAAAUUGGACUUGAAUAGGUUGGAGGGUGUUUUUGAAGCAGGAAUACACAUGCUUCCUUCUAUAAAAAGGAUAGACCUCACUAGAAAUACAAUCCGAGGACGGAUACCUUUUGAGUUUGGAUAUGGUGCUAAUGCACAGUUUCUCAAUAUCGAUCUUUCUUGGAACUAUGUUUUUGGUGAAGUCCCUGAAUCUGUUUCACGUUUGGAUGGAAUUAAUUUGUCCUACAACAGUUUAGUAGGCCGGAUUCCAUCCAACGUAUGGCGUAAGUUUGGGACAGAAUCGUUCCUAGACAAUCUCAACUUACAUCCUCCAAAGGGAUCCAGGAUUAACAUGGAAAUUAUUUACUAUGUAAUCUUUGUGAUUUUCAUUUUCUGUGGAAUCUAUUUCAUAUUCUCCAAAAGAAGGGAAAAGAAAGCAGCACCACUCACACCACCUUAUCCCAAACAUGGAGAUAUAUUCAAGAUUUGGAACUUUGAUGGCAACAUGGCUUAUCAAGACAUCAUUGAAGCAACACAAGACUUUGAUUUCAAAUACUGCAUUGGAACUGGUGCCUAUGGAAGUGUCUACAGAGCAAAACUGCCCAGUGGAAGAGUUGUUGCUGUUAAGAAGCUUCACAGAUUUGAAGGAGAUAAUCCUAAUUAUGACAUGUGUUUUAGAAACGAAGUCAAGGUUCUCUCUCAAAUACGUCAUCGACAUGUUGUAAAGCUUUUUGGUUUUUGUCUGCACAAACAAAGCAUGUUUCUCAUAUAUGACUACAUGGAAAGAGGAAGCUUGUUUAGUGUGUUGAAGGCCGAAGAUGAAGCAGUGGAGCUGAAUUGGAAGAAGAGGAUAAAUGUGGUGAAGGGCAUUGCCAAUGCAUUGUCUUACAUGCAUCACGAUUGCAGCCCGCCUAUUCUACACAGAGACGUAUCGACUAGCAACAUACUCUUGGAUUCUGAGUACGAAGGUUGUUUAUCUGAUUUUGGGACAGCUAGAUUGUUGGAUCCAAAUUCCUCCAAUCAGACUCUGUUAGUCGGGACUCGAGGCUAUAUUGCACCAGAGUUAGCCCUCACAAUGAUGGUCACAGAAAAAUGUGACGUAUAUAGCUUCGGAGUUGUGGCACUGGAAAUCAUGUUUGGAGAUCAUCCAGGGCAUUUCAUUUCCUCCAUGACGACGAUGAGAUCCACACUGUCUGCUCAAAACAUGAUGGUGCAACAACUCUUGGACAAGCGGCUGCCAUCUCCAGACGAAGAUGUAAGAGUGUCGAGGGAAGUGGUUGGAGCGGUGAAAACAGCACUCAAAUGCAUAAGCUCUGAUCCAAAGUCGCGGCCGUGUAUGAAGGAUGUGUCUCAUGAACUCGCUAAGCACCCACCACGGUUGACCAUGCCAUUACGCUCCAUAUCAGUGCUUCAUCUCAUGCAUUCAGAUUGAGCUUAUGUCAUGAUGUUGUUAUUGUGUCGUGUUCUAUCUUCUUCCAUUUUGUUAGUUUUUUCCGAUAAUAAUCAGUCUCUAAUGUCGAACAAAGUGUAAAGAUCUCUAUGAAACAAAUAGCCCUAAGCUAGUUACCACUGUUUCUAGAAGAGCUUCUAAACAAGAUGUGGAGGGUUGGGACAUUUCCUAUCCUGACAUUUUCUAUAAUA